GUCCCCGCCCCGUGCCCAGCUCCCCCGCGCCGCAGUGGUACACGCCACUCCGAGUUCCCGGAGACGGCGGACUCAAGCAGUCUUGAAUGGAAGACGCCGAGACCGGAAGUGGAAGGGACCACUUGGGGGGACGGCGGGGGACAGCACGAAUGCGCCGCGCCUUCAUUGAGGAACCGAGGCGGUGAACAUGGAGUUCCAUGUGCGUCUUAUGUAAAGAGAGCGACUGGCGCCGCAGCCAAUGGACGCGCGGCGCUCGCAGGCUCGGCGCCCCCCGAGGCUGGCCGGCUGCGGGCGGUGCUGCGGGCUGCGAGCUGCUCUCGGCCGCCGGGGCAGCGGGCGCGGAGCGGGCAGACGACGCGCGGACCAGCGGGGACGCGGCACAGUGGAACCCCACCAAGAAGCUGGUGGAGCCCAAGGCCAGCCCAGCCCUGCUCCAGGAAGACGUCAACAUGAGCAGUGGCUCCAGUGGAAACGAAGGCGCCAAAAACUGCUCCACAGGCCGGGGUUCGCGGGGCAGCAACUGUGAAGGCCACGGCAAGGAGCUGGGGUCACUGGGGGAGCCUCCCGCCCCCCACCAGGGUCCAGAUGCCUUUAGCCUAAUGAUGGCGAAGUCUGAACACCACCCAUCUACAAGCAGCUGCAGUGAGCAGUCUGCCAGGGCAGACACACAUGAAGAACUGAUAAAAACGCUGAAGGAGCUGAAAGUCCACCUCCCUGCAGACAAGAAGGCCAGAGGGAAAGCCAGCACGCUGGCGACCUUGAAGUACGCCCUGCAGAGCGUGAAGCAAGUGAGAGCCAACGAGGAGUACUACCAGCUGCUGAUGGCCUCCGAGAGCCACCCCUGCAGCGCCAGCGUGCCCUCUUACACCAUCGAGGACAUAGAGAGCGUCACCUCUGAGUUCGUGGUGAAGAAUGCGGACAUGUUUGCUGUGGCUGUGUCCCUGGUCACUGGGAAAGUCCUGUAUAUCUCUGACCAAGUUGCUUCCAUCUUUCACUGUAAGAGAGACGCCUUUCUCAACGCCAAACUCGUGGAGUUCUUGGCGCCAGGCGACGUCAGCGUGUUCCACAGCUCCACCACGCCUGACAAGCUCCCGCCAUGGAGCCACCGCAGCGGACCAGAUUCUUUUACUCAGGAAUGCAUGGAGGAGAAAUCUUUCUUUUGCCGUGUCAGUGCCAGGAGCAACCACGAGAAUGAGAUUUGCUACCUGCCGUUCCGCAUGACGCCUUACCUGCUCAGGGUGCGGGAGCCGCAGGGCGCCGAGAGCCAGCUGUGCUGCGUGCUGCUGGCAGAGAGAGUGCACUCGGGCUACGAAGCUCCUAGAAUUCCUUCUGAAAAGAGAAUUUUUACGACCACCCAUACACCAAAUUGUUUAUUCCAGGAUGUCGAUGAAAGGGCUGUCCCCCUCCUGGGCUACCUGCCUCAGGACCUGAUCGAGAGCCCUCUGCUUGUGCACCUUCACCCCAGUGACAGGCCUUUGAUGCUCGCCAUCCACAAAAAGAUUGUGCAGUCGGGUGGGCAGCCUUUCGACUAUUCUCCCAUUCGCUUCCGUGCCUGGAACGGCGAGUACAUCACCCUGGACACCAGCUGGUCCAGCUUCGUCAACCCGUGGAGCCGGAAAAUCUCCUUCAUCAUCGGGAGACACAGAGUCAGGGUGGGCCCUUUGAACGAGGACGUGUUCUCAGCUCCGCCGCACGUGGAGGAGAAGGGCCUGCACCCCGACAUUCAGGAGCUCACAGAGCAGAUCCACCGGCUGCUGCUGCAGCCUGUCCCCCACAGUGGCUCCAGCGGCUACGGGAGCCUGGGCAGCAACGGGUCCCACGAACACCUCAUGAGCCAGGCCUCGUCCAGCGACAGCAACGGCCACGAGGACCCCUGCCGCAGGAGAGCCGGAAUUUGUAAAAAUGGUAACAAGGUCAAAAGCAGAAGUCAUCAUCCUGACGAAGCUGGGGAACAAAAGGGAAGGUCUGCUUCAGAAAUGCCAACUAGUUCCCCUGCUCCGAUGCAAGCUGUCCCCCUGACGGAAAAGGACAGCUCAGGGACCAGCCUGCCGGAGGCCAGCGUUCCUGAAGAGCUGGCCUGCAAGAACCAGCCCAUCGGCUCCUACCAGCAGAUAAGCUGCCUGGACAGUGUCAUCAGGUACCUGGAGAGCUGCAGCGAGGCCACCACGCUAAAGAGGAAGUGCGAGUUCCCGGCCAACACCCCUGCUCCGCAGGCCAGCGACAAGCGGAGGGCCGGCCCUGGGCUGCGGCUGGCAGAGACGGCAUCGCCCUCCAAGGCAAACAGCUGCACAGAUGUUAGCGCCCACCUGACCUCACUGGUACCACGGGGCAAGGCAGAGAGCGUGGCGUCACUCCCCAGCCAGUGCAGCUAUAGCAGCACCAUUGUCCACGUGGGAGACAAGAAGCCGCAGCCUGAGCUUGUACAAGGGCCCUUGCGAUGGCAGGCCUGCCCUCCCCUUGCAGAGACGGCGGAGGACGCUGCCAGUGGGCCCAAGUCGCCCGAGUGCCUCGCAGGCCCCCCGCUGCCCUGCAGCUUGGGCCUGGAGAAGGAGCCCUUCAGGAGGCUGGGCCUCACCAAGGAAGUGCUGGCCGCCCACACCCAGAAGGAGGAGCAGAGCUUCCUGCUAAAGUUCAAAGAGAGAAAGAAACUCAGUGUCUUCCAGUCCCGCUGCCGCUACUACUUACAGGAAAGGUCCAAGGGGCAGUCGAGUGAAAGAACUGCUCCUGGACUGAGAAAUACCUCUGGAAUAGAUUCAUCUUGGAAAAAAACUGGGAAGAACAGAAAACUGAAGUCCAGACGGGCCAAGCCUCGAGACUCCUCUGAGAGCCCUGGGUCUGGGGGGCCCAGGCCACACCGCCCCCCGCUGGCGGGCCUGAGUGCCACAGCCUGGUCACCCUCAGGCGCGUCCCAGCCCAGCGGCCCUGCCAUGCCUUUCCCCCUCCCGGGGCCGGCUUACUCCCUGCCCGUGUUCCCACCCCCAGGAAUCGUGCCAGCACCCAGGGCCGCGGCAGCGGCACCCGUGGCUUCCCACGCCGCCUUCACGGUCCCUGCCGUGCCCAUGGACACCCAGCACACAUUUGCAGUCCAGCCCUCAGCAUCCGCAGCCCCCUUGGCCCCGGUCAUGGCAUUGGUGUUGCCCAGCUACUCUUGCCCCUCAGUGACCCCAAACUUGCCGCAGGCCUUCUUCCCCGGUCAGCCUGAGUUUUCCGGUCAGACCUCACUCCCCAAACAGCCAUGUGCUUGUCCUCAGUCACGGGCUGGGCAACCGGCGUCACGUGCAGCCACCCCAGUCUCCCCGCUGUUGGCCGCCGAGCCCACAGGCAGGGCCUCCCCACCCCUCUUCGAGUCCCGAGGCAGCUCACCCCUGCAGCUCAACCUGCUGCAGCUGGAGGAGGCCCCGGAGGGCAGCGCUGCGGCGGGGGCCUCCGGGACAACGGGUGCAGGGCCCGACUGCAAGCCUGCAACAUCCCGGGACCAGCAGCUGGAGGCACCGCCCACCCACGGUGAGCCUGCCAAUACCCAGAACAGCGAUGCCCUCUCCGCCUCCAGUGGCCUGCUCGACCUCCUGCUGCACGGGGACCUCUGCUCCGCCACAGGGUCGGCCCUGUCUGGGAGCGGGGCCUCAGCCACCUCUGACUCCCUGGGCUCCAGCGCGCUGGGCUGCGACGCACCCAGAAGUGGGACAGGCAGUGACACGAGUCACACCAGCAGAUAUUUUGGAAGCAUUGACUCUUCAGAGAAUAAUAACGAAGCAAGCGUGCAGGCAGACUUGGGGGACAGCGGACACUUCCUCAAGUAUGUCCUCCAGGACCCCAUCUGGCUGCUGAUGGCCCACAUGGAUGACAGCGUGAUGAUGACAUACCAGGUGCCUUCCCGGAACUUAGAAGCGGUUUUGAAGGAGGACAGAGAGAAGCUGAAGCUGCUGCGGAAGUUCCAGCCCAGGUUCACGGAGGGCCAGAGGCGGGAGUUGCAGGAGGCCCACUCCGGGGGGCAGCCCUGGGGGCUGCCCGCAGCGCUCCAUGUGGCGGAAUGUGUUUACUGUGACAGCCAGGGACAAGUUGACACUUGCAUGCCCCAUGAGGAAGAUAUGCCUCCUCUGGGGUUCACUGAAGCAGCAGACACCAGAGAAGAGGAGGGGCCCCCACUGAGCCACAGGAAUGAACAGCAGACAUGACCCUGGCCACACCCCGACAGCCAGUGACCUACCUUAGAUGAUGCGGAAGAGAUGGACCUUCUACACGUUGUUUCUAACGGAAUGGACAGAUACGCUUACACUGUUUUUUUUGUUUUAGAAAAAAAUAUAUAGUUUUCUGAAGGGGUGAUUUAAGGGAUAGAGGGUGGGAAGGGUUUGGAGAAAAAAUUAAUUUUAUAUUUAAAAUACAAAUAUGCAGCUUGGGAGGCAGGGGAAGAGACGUUCUUUGUUAUCUGAAAAAGACUGGAUCCCGUCUUUGUACGUGGGGGGAAGUUGCCUGAGUGCUCCCAGAAGGCCUUGGACCAUGACGAGGCCUCUGCCUGGGGCACCAGUGUCCACCGGCCUCCUGUGGGUUGUCCCACCCAUCGUACCAGACUGACAGAGAGCUAGGAUGCCAUAUGGGACUCCACGCCGGGGGCACUGGAAGCCUCCCCAGAGUGUGUUUGGGCAAGUCUGUUCUCUCAGGAGCUGCUUUUCAUCUAAAUUAUCAUUUUGUCAGACUAGAUAUUUUUAAAACAUAACAAGUGGAGAUUCCAGCCCCUCCUAAUUUUCUUUCAAAAUGUUUCACUUUAAAUGGUGUGAAGCAUAGUUUGGCAACUGGCAGCUUCAGCUGCAGGUACCAUGGCGGGAAACAUCUCGAUCUGACGCAGCUUUCGUUGGGGGCGAACAACGUUGAGAUGCUCAGUCUAGCCCAAAGGAGCCCAGUGGUGUGUGUGACCAGCUCCAUCAGAUUAACACACCCAGGCCUUUCUGCACAUUUCCUCAUUCUGCAUCCUUUGCAGAUCCUGGCCGAGGUGUAGAUAAAAAUGUGUUGUCUGUCGUCUUUAUGGUGACUCUCCUCUGCACACUAGGCUUUGCUGGUCACGUACGGGACCCAUUCGUGUCUGCUCUUCGCUGGAGCCUCCCAACAUCAGCUGUGGUCCUGGCAGGGAGCAGCCGCUGACACUGUGGGCUGGUGUUCCCAAGGGUGCUGUGAGCUCACCUCUCCCACCGCACCCUGGCCAGGGACACUGGCCCUUAUUCUUUUCAUGAGCCUGACCUCACCUGGUGCAGCCUCUGGUCUCUGUGGCAAUGUCUGUUAGUGCCACCAGCCCUUUCAGGCAUUGGGAACUCUUGGGAAGAGUGAGGGUGGUCUGCCCAACUUGCUCCAACCCUCAAAUUGUAUCACCUGGAUGCAGAGAUUGGGAAAAUCAUCUUUUGGUCCCUGGAGUGAAUCAGGAGUUACCACUGAUGAAACCAUUGACUUAAAACUGGGUGAGUCUGCAGAAGCUGAGAAGGAAGCAGAUUCCUCUCAUUCUCUGGGAAGCAGUGGAGCUGGAACAGAGAGUGUCUCCUUCAAUCUGGUUGGUUGUCAUAGUAAAACCAUCUGAUGUCUGAAUAUGAAUUCUAUUUUUCAUAAACUCAAACACAAAAACAGUUGUUUUUUUAAAAAUUUAUUUGCAAAGUAUUAUCAUUGUCAGAUUCCCAGAAUGAAGUAGUUGUGCAUUUGUGUGGAAAUUAGAUGCUCCAACUGCUUCCUGCCUCUAAAGUCAGACCAUUAAGGGAUUUGAUGUCAGUCAAGUUUCCAUGUGUUACCUAAACUCAAAGCUGCCCAUUCUCUACUGCUGUGAGUGGUUACCAUCUGCGGUAUCUUACCAUUGAAUGCAUACCCGUCGAUUGUUAACUGCGUAGCUUCAGCACGUGCUGAGAAGUUGACAGUACGCAUUUUGUGAAACUGUUUACACUGUGCCAUGUAUCAGAUUGUGUACUCUUUAGUAUGUAUGCUUACAGGGGCUUAUAAAAACUUGCUCUCAAUUUUAAACUGAGCCUUCUUUUUAAUAUAUUCCUAAAAAGAUGUAACACUCUCGGAGUCUGUGUAAUGACUUGUUCAGCCUCGCCAGACAAUUGGUUUGUUCCUGUGCAAACCAAACUUUCUUCACCCAGUGCAGUAUAUCUGUUUGACUGCUUAUGUCUUUUUAUGACUUUCUGCCCUUUAGAAACUUGGUAAAUAAAGUAUAUUUUUAUUUUUAA